CUUAGUAUUAGGAAAAAUAAUAAAUUAUGGAGUGAAACAAAUGAGGUCAAGACUCAGCUACCUUACGCUGAGAAAUGUGUGACCCACAGCAAUACCUAUGCCAAAAAUGUGACCAAGAAGAGCACAGAAUCCUCACAUCUGAAGAGAAGACAGCUCUUAAACUUGAGCCAGACCUACUUAAAGAGAAUCAUGAAAGAAUAUAUGUCUGUGAAGAAUGUGAAGAAGAACUUUCGCAAAUGCAAUGUAGUGAAUGUGAACAGUUCUUAUGUGAGGUCUGAGACAAGAAGAUUCAUAAUAAAGGUGCAAGAAAAUAAGCACAAAAGGAUCCCUAAGAACAAACUAGAACCUUUCUUUUUCAUGGAUCGCAAUGAUGAUGAAUAUGAAGAUUGUGUUCCUUCGUUGAUACAACAAUCCCUAAAUAGUAUUAUGGACGAUCGUGAUAACAUUUCCAGCGACCAGGAACUUGAGCUUAAUUAUCUUGACAGUAGCGGAGAGCACUAUAAAAUAGACACUAAUUAUUCUAUGGGCUAUACAAACACAUCUUUACCACAAGCCCUUUCUACCAAAAGCUCGGGAGGUUUGAGUUCUGUAAAUACGAAUAAUUCUUUCCUUCCAAUUGACAAGAAGAACUAUCUAACGCAGCCACUGGCAUUGAAGUCAUCUAGAAGUGUCAACUGAAAGGAUGAUUUUGAUGCUAGAGCUAGAGGUGAGAGAGGAACAAGGAAUAAAAUUGAUAACUCUUUGAACCCGAAUAAAUCUUUCACUUCUGGAGGUCAAAGCUACUACUCAUUGUUUAACACUAAUACUAUCACCUUCCAUAACGGCAAUAUUGACACUAGCUUGUACAUGGUCAAGAACAAACAGGUAAAAAUUCCCCUCUACCAGCCAUUUGUGAAGGUAGACAGGAAGCUACCAAGCAAGAUUGAGACAAAAAUUCUUGAAGUGCAGAAGAUUCUACGGGCUUCUGCAGAAGAAGGAAUUCUAAUGAUCGAAAAUAAAGAGUUGCUCAAGAAACUUAAUAACAACUCACAACUCAUAAAGAGCUGUGAGGAUUAUGGAGUUAUUCACACAACCUAUCGCCAGUUUAGCACCAAGAAGCAGAUCUUUCAUAGCUUAAACCUUGACCUAAUUUCUCAUGAAAGUAUUCUCUGGUGUCUCAGAAGUCUCAAGAGAGACGAGAUGACACCUAAUGAGAAAGCAAUCCAAAGUCGAAUCAAAGAAGCCUUUUGUUAUAAAGUUACAACUUGGCUUUGGGAGCAAAUAAUGGCAAGCAUUUUACUAAAAUCUCACCCUGAUACCCGUAAAAAUCAAGUGAAUAAACUAAAUUCAAAUAAUGAAGAUCUGAGUUCACAGAAAGAAGAUUCUGAGCUAAAUGAUAGUGACUUUCCAGCACUAGAGACAGAAUCAGGACUCCUCUCAAGCGCUCCUGAGGUAAACAAAGCUUCGAGAAAUAAGCCCAGAAUUAAGGUUGGAGGCACUGAAAGAAGAUCUCAUUACACAAAGAAGUUCAUCAACACUAAGAAUGGAAAGAAAUUAUACUACCAAUUCACUGAUUGAGCCAGAGAGGAUAUAUUGUUUGAGAUCGAAGAAGAUUUCAGCACAACAGAUAGCAACGUCUCGAACAACCAGCAAUCUUCAUACAUUAUCUAUCCUGCUGGCGAGACCUGGUAUGGAUAUGAUCAGAGUCCUAACGAGAAAGUUGAUCAAGAAACAUAUAGCAUUUUUAUUGACUUUUUGAAAGAAUAUUUCACUGACGACCUCCAAAAUUUUUGGAACAAAUAUGAUAGCGUUAUCAAAAAUGAAGGAAUUGACCAUGAAAACAAGUUGUCAAAAUCGAAGAAACACAGGAACUCAACAGAAGCUUCAAACUCUAAAAAUUCAGGCUUUAUUAGUGCUCUGAAUGAGGACAAAUACAAAGCUAUUCCUGGAGGAAGAUAUGGAUGAGCUCAAUUUGCCAAAACCUGAGGACCUCAGGAGUUAAGCAAGUGCUCUCUUGGGAGACUCUCUCAAAUGGUUCAGAAAGCAAUAAAUGAAGAGAUCAUCAAAUAUCAGAAAACUUUACUUGUCUGGAGUGAACCAUUAUGCUCAGAUAUACCUAAUAUGUUCAACAGCCAAGAAGAGAUUAACCAAAAGAAAAGAGAGAUAAAUCAUAAGCUUGAGUUAAUGAAGCAAGCAUUGAUCAGUAUUCUAGUUGCAAAUCCAGAGGGAGUCUCAUUGGCUCAACUUCCAGCUUAUAUUAAGAAGAAGUUGCAUUUCAACUACUCUCUCCCAGAAUUAGGCUUUGCAAAACUAAAAGACUUAAUCUUGUCAAUGGGAGAUGAAAUUAAGAUUGAUAACAAAAGUAAUAAUCACCCAUAUGCUGUUCUAAUCAAUCCAGAAGCUUAUCAUAAAGGCUAUCCGAGCUCUGAAGACUUUCAUGCUAUACCUAAUCAAUUCCCAGGUUAUGCAAAUUAUGGAAGACAAUCCUCUGACAUGAGCAUCCCCACCAGGAUGAUUCAUGGGAGUAAAGAUUAUGAAAUGCACAAUCAUAAGUACAAUAACAGUUAUUCAAUGACGCCGACUAAUUAUUAUCCAAUGUUUCCUAAUUUCCAGCAGCACAAUGAACUAAGGAGGAAUCAGUCUUCUUCUUCCUUCCAAUCAGCUGAUAAAUUUAACCCCAAUGCUAAUGGAAAUGAUAGUUUUUAUGUCCCUCAAGCUACGAGUUUGUAUGGGACACAGGUAAACCAGCCCCAGCUCAAUAUUAGUCACUGUAGGAACAACACUGGGUCUGAUAUUGGAUAUGAGAACAACUUUCCAAUUUUCUCUGGCAAGCUUAAGCAAAAUAAUUUAUCCCAAGAUUAUUCCCAGUAUCCAAGUUUUAACGGGAAAGUCUGGCAGCCAAUAGAAGCAAAGGAAGAGUUGAUCGAAGUAAAUUCCUCUCUGUUUUUGUCAGAAAAUUCCUCCAAUUUUGGAUUUGAUAGAUCAAGAUCUAUCUCUCCAAAACAACACGAGAGAAUUGUUUCAAAUCUGAACAAUCCUAAUUUUGGAGGGAUUGAUCAGAAAUUUGUCACUCCAAAUUCCAUUGCUGAAAGAUUCUCUGAAGAGGAAAAGACCGAGACUAAGAGGCAAGGGUCUAUAAGUUGUGAUUUUAAGGAGGUUACAAACGCAACUGAGGCUCCACAACAGGCGAAGCCUACUGUUCAGAAGCAGAUUCACCCUAAUACUGCUCAUAAUCACAGUAAACUAGUGCCUACAUCAAAGAUUUUCUUGCCUUCAAACAAAAGCAAGGCUCCUCAGAAGCAGGCUGAAACAUUUAACCAGGAGAUAAAGAGUGUUUCAAGACUAAAGGCCAAGGCUGAUCAGAAUUAGAUGGUUAAAUUCUUUAUUCCAGUGAAUUCGUAAUCUCUAAACCUUGC